AUCGUCCGGCGUACACGUUGAGCGCGCGCUUGUCUACCCUGUACACGCCGUCGACCGGCAGCCAGCGCAGCCGCCUGUAGUAAUACACCGGUACACAACGUGGGUCGUUUACCUUGCCCGUCAAAAAACCAAAAACACCACCACCACCCCAGUUUACCUUAGUAAAAAAAAAAAACAACCCAUAAAUCCGACACAAUUCAAACGGCCGCAAAGUAUUGCACAACAGCAUCUGAAAAAAUGGAAAAUUUGGACGUCAACGUCGUGCUCAAGAGGAUUCCGGAGGAAAUGAGAGCUUUGCGCCUCAGACGUGACAAAGCCAAACGCGAACUGGCCGAGCUUGAAAUGAAAGAAAAAGACGCCGUGAAGAAAUUGAUGGAAGUGACCGUGUUGAAGAAGAAAGAAAACGACGCCAUAUUGAAAGCUGCUCAUGAAAGUUUGGGGGUGUUGGUCAAGAAAGUGAACGAACGCAAGACCAGGAACGAUUACUUGAUAAAGAAAAUCAACAAAAAGCGCAACACCGAUUUCGUUGCUGCUUCGCAGGACACAGAAGAAGCCAUAAACCACGCUGAAAUGACAAGAGACAUGAUGGAGAAAUUAAAAGAACAAACCGAAAUUGUUGAAAGCCAGGCUGCUUUGAUGAAGCGCACUCGUGACCACAAGAUGAUGGUGAAAGAAAUCCGUGGCAAAAUAAGUUCUUUGAAAACGGAAAUCGCUCAAAAACAACAGGAAAUCAAAAUGGAAAUCGACGCGUACAGAAUGCUGGACAAGCUGUAAGCGGAAGAGUAUAAU